AAAAAAGAAAAAUGCCGCUGCAAAAAAAGAAAAGAAUCGUAAUGAUAAAGGUUGGUUUCCUGCGUUGACAGUGGAGUUCACGUAUUUCCCUUUAGAAGUCGAGUUUUGUUAUCUAAAAUGUUUGAAAUGAAUACGGCAGAACCGAUGCAAGUGGACGUACCACUUGAAGAUAAUGAAAACAAUGAAACUGAGUGUUAUGUGGUCGAAAAUCCGACAUUAGAUUUAGAAACUUACGCUGCGGCAUAUACAGGUUUCGCGAAAUUGUACAGAUUAAUGUUUGUAGCUGAUCAUUGCCCUUCUCUAAGACUAGAAGCGCUGAAAAUGGCUAUAUCGUAUGUUAUGACAACUUAUAAUGUAAGUCUCUAUCAAACUCUACAUAAGAAGCUCGCCGAGGCAAUAGCAUCCGCUGGCCUACCGGAUGUGGCAGUGCAGAUGGGAUCACAAGAUAUUCCCGUCUUGGACACAAUGUGGGUAGAAUCCAAAACUAAAAAAGCUGCCAUCAAGCUGGAAAAACUAGACACAGAUCUCAAAAACUACAAAACAAAUUCUAUAAAAGAGAGCAUCAGAAGAGGGCAUGAUGAUUUAGGUGACCAUUAUCUCGACUGCGGAGAUCUCACCAGUGCUUUAAAAUGCUAUUCGAGAGCAAGAGAUUACUGUACUAGUGCUAAGCACAUAAUAAUGAUGUGUUUGAAUGUGGUUAAAGUGUCAGUGUAUUUGCAAAACUGGGCCCAUGUUCUUAACUAUGUGUCAAAAGCAGAGGGCACACCAGAUUUUAAUGAUGUACAUGGCAAAGAUUCCAAUCAAGCCAUACUGACACGUUUAAAGUGUGCAGCCGGCCUUGCAGAACUAGCCACAAAGAAAUAUAAAUCAGCGGCCAAACUAUUUCUAGGUGCUAGCAUUGAUCACUGCGACUACCCAGAACUGCUGAGUAGUAAUAACGUUGCAGUAUAUGGAGGUCUGUGCGCCCUCGCAACCUUCGAUCGCUCGGAGCUCCAGAAGCAAGUAAUAGUUAGCAGUUCUUUUAAAUUAUUUUUAGAGCUAGAGCCUCAAUUGCGUGACAUAAUAUUUAAGUUUUACGAAUCUAAAUAUGCAUCUUGCUUAAGGUUACUGGAUGAAAUCCGGGACAAUUUACUUCUAGAUAUGUAUUUAGCACCACAUUUAAAUUCACUUUACAUGCAGAUACGCAAUAGAGCCCUAAUACAAUACUUCAGUCCGUACCUCUCUGCCGACAUGCAUAUCAUGGCUGCUGCAUUUAAUCGCACCGUAAACGCCCUGGAGGAUGAACUAAUGCAGCUCAUUCUUGAUGGGCAAAUCCAAGCACGAAUUGAUUCACAUAACAAGAUUCUGUAUGCGAAAGAUGUAGAUCAGAGAAGCACAACUUUUGAGAGGAGUCUCGCUAUGGGUAAAGAAUACCAACGGAGGACUUCAAUGCUUAUUCUUCGUGCUGCCAUGCUUAAGAAUCAAAUACACGUGAAGAAUGUUGGCCGAGAAGCAGGCCCACAAAGCGGUGAAGCUCCAGGGUCCAGCACCAGUCUAACAGCACGCACCUUUGACACUGUGCCCUUGUGAUAAAGUAUCUGCUAAGCUUUUUUUUUACGUGACAAACUUAAUGCAAUGGUACAGCAGGCUCACACAUUUUUAUGAUAGUGCUCUUUUAACAUAUUAUGUUGUCAUGUAUAAUUACUUUCUUAUGAAGAAAAAUGUUCACUGUCUAAAAUUUUACCUUGAAACAGGUAUGUAUGGCACUGGCAGGGCUGUCUUUAACUUUUCUUUUGUCUAACAGAACACACAGAGUUUGUACAGCUGAUGAAAGCAUUUGCAACAUUGUUUAUAUAAUGAAUUAUAAUAUGUAACCACAAAAUAUUAUGUCUACGUAAUUUUAAUUGUAAUAUUAAAAAAGUAAAUGCAA